AUGCCUCGUGGAUACGCAAUCAAGGACACCAAGAAGCCAACUGACUUCGAGGUCAUCGAGUUCGAGCUCAAGAAGCCUGGAGACCACGAUGUCGACGUCGCAAUCGAGUGCUGUGGUGUCUGUGGAAGCGACCACCACACCAUCACUGGUGGAUGGGGACCUCUAAGUGGGCCCUGCAUCCCUGGUCACGAGAUCAUUGGUACUGUUACCCAGGUCGGCAAGUCUGUCAAGGACCCCAAGAUCAAGGUCGGCGCUCGUGUUGGUGUCGGAGCUCAGGUGGACAGCUGUGGAGAGUGCGCCAACUGCAAGAACGAGAGUGAGCAAUAUUGCGUCGGCAACAAGGAGGGCACAAAGGGAAUGGUCGACACCUACAACUCGACUCACCACGACGGCACAGCCGCUCAGGGAGGAUACAGCACUCACAUUCGUACCCAGGAGCAAUUCGUCUUUGCUAUCCCCGAUGAGAUCGAGUCCACCGACGCCGCCAGCAUGCUCUGCGCCGGUCUGACCGUCUACUCUCCGCUGCUGCGAAACGGCGUCAAGAAGGGCACUCGAGUCGGUGUUGUUGGUCUGGGUGGUCUGGGCCACUACGCUGUGCUCUGGGCCAAGGCCAUGGGUGCAGACGUGACCGUCAUCUCCCACUCUCCCCGCAAGGCCGAGGACGCCAAGAAGCUCGGCGCCAGCGAGUUCAUCUCUACCAAGGAGAAGCCCGACUGGGCCUCUGAAUUCGGUCGAGAGAAGCCCCUCGACAUCAUCAUCUCCACUGCCUCUUCCAACGCUGUGGACAUUCCCGCCUUCCUCUCCUCUCUUUCGGUUCACGGCCGCCUGAUCUUUGUCGGUAUGCCAGAGGACGAGUUCAAGAGCCUGCGCAGCCAGCAAUUCGCCGGCAAUGGAGCCCUGCUGGGUGGUAGUCACAUCGGUAGCAAGGUCGAGGCAUUGAGCAUGCUGGAUCUGGCGGCAAAGGAGAAGAUCAAGCCUUGGAUCGAGGUGCUGCCCAUGAAGGACUGUGGCAAGGCUAUCCAGAGACUGGCAGACGGUGAUGUUCGAUACCGUUUUGUUCUGACGCAGGACCUCGAGGACCACAAGAAGGCUGCUGAGAAGGCUUAG